AUGUACAUGGCGAAAGACACGUAUACCGAAACUGUCGAGAAAAUUACAGCACACUACCUACCGACAUGGCUGCAAGGCAUGCAAGUGCUUCUGGAGGCCUUCAUAUACAAUGCUAGUGCUGAAGCGGCGUUGGAACGAUUCGUGUGGGAAGAGGUGGGCCUCAAGCACCAGAUCGUCAGCUUCCUCGGCACAGCGUCACACUUUACUUCGAUUUUUCAAGCAUAUGCGCCAGCACUCGUGCAGUUGGUUGUGUCGAACUUACGAGCAUACGUUCCGUUGUUUAUUGCAUCAGAACUACAACGCAGUGUCUUGCCGCCAUUAAUGCUAGAUGGCGAUUCGGACGUAUUGUGCACAGUGCCUGCUUUGGCCGAAAGCUGCCUCCUCUUCUUGAUGCGGCAGCUUCGUUCCAAGACGAUGCGACAAAUCUGUGUGCGCGACGGCAUUGGUGGCGAUGGGAUCGCCACCGACAUGUUGAAUGAAAUUCUGUUGCUGAUGCGAACAUAUGCACAAGCUACACGCGAGGAUAUCGAGACGUGGGAUUCAGACGUUGAUGUGUAUGUGGAGCAGGAUGAUGCCGACAAUGUCCAAGCGGGACUUCGGCCAACUACGGCUGAUCUGAUGGAGUCAAUGCUCGAUACUUUUCCGCUGCCAGUACUCCGACUUUGUCGCGCGUGGGUCGAUGAACCGUUAUUGAACGGGAAUGACUCUGUGCGUGUAGACGAGAUGGACGUUGAGACAGCAUGGGUUCCGCUAGAAGCCAAGCUUUGGCUACUGGGAUCGACGCAUGAGGCCGUUAGUGAGGUUCUUCUAGAUCGGGAAGAGCCGGACUUUCUUUCGAUUCCUAACAUGCUCGAACGACUCGUCCUGCCGAAUGUGUCGAUGCACGCGCCAGCGUACCUGUGUGGACGAUGUUUUAUUGUUUCGUCGCAGUAUGUGGAGGCACUGCCUGAGGACGUAGCACGCAAGAUUUUUCUAGCUGCGAUGGAGACGAUCCAUGCGCCUGAUGAGCUUGUGAGCCUGCAGGUGAAACUGUCGGCAGUGAGAGCGAUUUGCAAUAUUCAACGGGAGAAGCCAGAGGUGACAAAGCAUGAUGGAGGCACUGUGCUGAAGCAGUUUGGCGGCUUGCUUCCAAAUGCCACGCAUUCGACGCUCGUGUUGAUCCUUGAAACCAUCGAGGCAUUCAUUCCCCAACGUACAACGACGAGCGACCUAGAUCUAGCGACGCUCAUACACACGGUGCAUGCCGUGCUGAAAGUGUGGUACUCGCACACGAUGGACCCCAGUGUAGAGCUGUCUGUGUCGUAUGUGCUGCAGACGCUUGUACAGUGUCCUAUUGCAGGAUGCCGUGAACAUACAGUCAGGGUCUGCUUGGAAGCUCUUGCACCAUGCUUGGCAGUGGAGCAAGAAGAGGUGAGUCUUGCACCUAGUGCAGCAGCGAUGAUCCGCAGCGUGCUCCAAGUAGCUGAUGCCGCGUCACUUUCGCCUGUGGUUCCGACGCUGUUCCCGCGCGUUGCCGCUUAUAUGCUAGUGGCAGAUGACGUGGAGGCGAUGCAGAACUUGAUCCAGAGUCUCGUGAUGAUCCUAGACAAGUGCCCGGAGACCGUGUUGGCAUGCAGCGAUGAACGCGGUGUGGCAGCCAUUCAAGUCAUGCUGCAUAUCAUCGAGCGGGUUCUGUGUAUGGACGAGCAGAUGUGUGGUAAUGCACUGGGCAAAUUCCUUGUAACAAUCUUUGUACAAGCAGGGCAACAGCUUGCUCCUGUUAUGGCGGCCUUGCUGCAUGCGCUUGUCGCAAAACUCGCGCAUGCGACGACGUCGGAAUGUGCAUGGACACUAUUGUAUGCACUGGCAUUCCUGAUGGCGCAUCACGCCGAUGCAGUCGUGAAGCAACUUGACUCGACGGACAUGGACCGCGGCGAGUCCGCACUUGUGCUAUUUGUGAGGCGGUGGCUUGCAGAUGUGGGAUAUGUGACGACGCCGGACGUGAUGCGUGUACACAUCCAGGGCCUUGUUCAGUUAUUUAUGCAUUGGACGCCGAGCCUAGAAGCCUUGUACGUGGACGGGGAUGUACUUCCUGCACCAGAUGAUCGGAUUAUGACACGAUCGCGUGCCAAAUCUCGUAAGUAUGCUUAG